UCAACACUGCCAACAUGGAUAUCACGAAUCUGUUUAAAGCGACAGUGAAGGCUGUCAAAUCACGCAACAAGGUCAUCGGCGAACCGGAUAAUGACAAAAGUACCAUUCUUAGUACCAAAAGAAAGAAAGGAGACUUUGAAGUGAAAGCCAAAGAUGUGGUUAAUACCAUAACCAAGCUUCGUGACUUCCUGCUUCAGCAUCGGAAGGAAUAUGUCAAUGCUGGCAGUCACUUGGCAACAGAAUCAUCAAAGAUGACUGAUGCAGAGCGGGAUCAGAUUGACACAGAUUCCCAACAGAUCAUUAAAAAGUGCCAGGAGACGAUCGCCAUGUUUCGACAGGAGGCAAACAGUCAGCGAGCUCAUCCCCAGGUCAAGGAACACAGGCAAUCUGUCAUGGUUCUCAUUGGAGCUUAUUUAAAGGUUGUUUGUAAGAUCUACAGUGAGCAGAGAGCUGUGAGAGUGAAGAGGGUCGUAGACAGGAAGAGGAUAUCUCGUCUUGAGCCAGAAAGGAGGAUGCACAUCGCGAGACAUCUUGAUGGCAAUGCGGUCCCAACACCACAAGCUGAUGUUAAACAGUCAGAGAAGUCUGAAAAGUCUCGAGUUGCCAUGGAAAAAAGCAGACAUGCUGACGAUGAUGAUGAAAUUUCACCUGAAGAAGCACAAAUGUUUGAACAAGAAAAUCAAGCAAUCUACAAUGAAAUGAACAGCAUGUCGGAUGAAGUAAAGCAAAUAGAAGGGAAAGUGGUUGAAAUAGCAAAACUGCAAGAAAUAUUUGCAGAAAAAGUUUUAGAACAGGAGAAGGAUAUAGACCGAAUAGCCAACACAACCGUGGGAUCCACAGAGAAUAUUAAAGAUGCCAAUGAGGAAAUCAGGGAGGCGAUCAAGAAGAAAGCUGAGUUUCGAGUAUGGAUUCUGUUCUUCUUGGUGGUGUGUUCGUUCUCUCUCCUGUUCCUCGACUGGUACAACGGCUAACACAACUAGAACAUGUAGAUGAACUAUAACUAAUAUAGCUCUGAGCUUGAAGCUUUGUUUGCUCUCAUACAAGAAACCUAAAGGUAACAGCAUCAGAGAUAAAUCAUCUGGUACUGAUGUGAAAAGUCAAAGUCUCGUGCUGGAAUAGUUUUGUUACUAUGGAAACAGGAAAACAUUUGGAUGUGUAAUGAGGUUGUGCUAAUAUCAAGGAGGCAAGUAUGUGGUGAAUCUGCUGUUGCCAUUCAAUGAUGAUGAUGAUGAUGAUGAUGAUGAUGAUGAUGAUGAUGAUGAAUACAGUCUCCCAUAAAACUUAAAGGACUGAAAUGUCUACUGAUAGUGUUUGAGUCGGCUGGAAUGAAGGAAUUGUAAAGUUGAGGUUGCUAUGGAUACUGCUUAGAUGCAGUUCAGCUGGCAAUGAGGAUCAUACUCAAUAUCACAGAAUAUUACCAAUCAUGAUAAUACGUCAAGUCUGUAUAGAUUCUGAUGUGUUGAUGUACGUGUAGUAUUCAGAAUUGCAGCCAGUCACCUUUUGUCUCCCCUUCCCCACAGCUUCAUACACAAACCCUUCGUAUUUAUUUCUAAAAGUAUUUCUGACAUUAGUUUUACAGAAACUAGGAUCUAGAUAAACAUGUCACCAGACUUAAUCUGUGAUCCCUACUCCAACCAAAUACAGCAUGAUACAGGUUGGUCUUGUUUUGAUAAUGGUGAUGGCAAAAGGUGACUAACACUUAGAUAUUCUGGUGAGGGGUCUGGUAUUUUAACCAUGAAAGAGGCCUAGGAUCCAACUAGUUAUUUACAUUUACACCAACAUGCCUCUUGAAAUAUUUUUUCUUACCCAAGGAAAAAUGCAUUUACCAUAAUGUUCCAGAACAAAAUUUUGUUUCAAAAUAUCUCAACUGAUUAUCAAAUAGUGACUCCCUAACUGAAGUUUGUUCAUGUUAAUGAAUUGUACAUAAAGUUUUCAUCCUUUUUGAAACUUUGAUGUGGUUGUUCAAGUUUGGUAGUUACCAUGGUUACAGACUGGGCUGGCAAUAUCAGUGUUACAUUGGUGACAUUUUCUAUUGCAGCGUUGUAAGAGGCAACUAACAGAACUGGGUGGUCAGAUUCACUUACAUGUUCCCCAUUUGUGUAGAUCGAUGAUCAUGAUGUCAAUCACUAGAUUGUCUGGUCCAGACACGAUUAUUUGCUGAGUGCAGCGUCAAACAGGAAACAAACAAAUCAUUUGCCACUGUAAAGAAAGUUCCCAGCAACCACGGUAAUCAUGGCUGUCUUAAUAUUAAUGAUUUAUUUAAACACUGCAUGUUAAAAACUUCAAGGAAUGCAUGCUUGUGGAAUGUUAUUGGUUAACUCAUGUUGAGCAUGGGCCUUUUCAGUGAAAUUCAUUCACAUUUGUGGAAUAAACCAUUUUCAGAGGGCAAAGCCUAAUGACCUCAAAGGUUAAUCCCUGAAUAUGCAUGGCUUUUGCUAAACUGUCCUCUUUGUUGAUGAUGUUGCAAUAUGUUGAUGUAUGUCUGUGCAUGCCAAUGAUCAUGAUGAUGUGUCUGAAGUUAAUGAUUGUUAUUUUCAAGGUGCUAGAAUGCUGAUAAAUGUGGUAAAUGUUCGGUGAGAAGAAUUAACAGUUUUCUGAUGACAUACACUAGUCAAAGUUGAAAACUUGUUUUUUUAACAUUUCCGAAUUAUAUAAGCUGAUAAUUACUGACACUUCAUAUCUGUUCUGAAAGUUCAAUGUAAUAAACAGAUAUGGCAAAUUAGGUUUGGUAGCAAGUGAAAUGAUAUUUAGAUGGGUUAUGUGGAAUAUGGUUCAUAUUUUAAUUUUAUCGAUAUAUGGCAGUGAAACAGCAUGCUUGAACACUAUAGGAAGAAGAUUAGAUGUUUCUCACCUGUGUGAGUUCAUAUAUCAUAGUUGUUAUGCUUAUUAUGAACCUGUUUAACAUGUUGAGUGAAUGAGUGAGUGUUUGGAACUCCAUCACAGCGUUGUCACUGAUCUACAGUGUAUUGUUCAAUGUCCUCAAGACAUGGCCUUAUUAAGAAUAAAUAUGAUAAAUAUAUUAUAUAAAACAAA